AUGUGGUCAUCGUCGAGCAGCGGUAGCAAGAAGCCCGCUCAUCAAUCUGCAUCGCCGUUCUGGAGGCCACCCCCGGCUAGGAGGAGUGCCACGACGCCUGCUGGCCGCGACCCCAACCUUGUCGUCGGCGCCUCGUACUCCCACGCCGACAUUCUCAAGCUCGACUCCUCGUUCGUGACCCAACAAAUCCUUCCCUCCCCCCUCAUCUUCUCUCCUGUCUACGAAACGAGGGAUCGGCCGCCCCACAUACGCUGA